AUGGGCCGCACAGGACUGCUUCGGCUCCUCGUCGGGUUGCGGCUGACCUACCCUCUAGCAGGAUGGACAGGCCGCUCGGAUGGUACCGGCAAUGUAUCUGGUGUGGUGAUUCAUGAUCCCGAUGACUUGUUGGGUCGGAGCGCAUGGUCCCAGGAUGCCGGAAAGUUGUCCUCGCUGUUGCAAAGCUUCGAAACGAGCAUGGGCUCUGAACACCUCGGCCAGUUUGCUGUGCAUGCGGGCGUUGCCUUCGUCGAUUCGGACGGGCUUCCGCGUGUCACGGCAGAUCACUUGGCGCAGGAGUUGGGCUUCAAUGGAGCCGAGCCUGGAGUGUUGGUGGCCCUGAGCGCAGUGUCGGUGUAUCUUGCUGGCUCCCUGCUACAAGCAGACCUGCCCGGUGGUGAGGAGCACCUGCUGGAAUCUGAAGCGUGGCUGUCUGCAGAGGCACUUUGCCGAGCUCUCCUGCGAUCAGGCGAUUACAUCUCUGCUGCUGAGGCUGCGCUCCGGGGCCUUCUGCAGGCCCUCACCCAUUCGGUUGAGAGCAUCGCUCCGCACGGCAACUUCAAGCAGAAAGAGCUCGACAAGUGGGAGUCUGAGUACCAGGUUGGCGAGGUAUGGCUCAACAUGUGUGGGGAGAAGGUUUGUCGAGAGCUGGUGUUGGGCGAUGUCCGGCAGCUCAGUGAUGGAUUCGAGCGGUACUACCACGAGGCCUUAGUCUAUCCAGCUCUGAACUUGCUGGGUGGGCAGAAGCGAAAGGUACUGAUCCUGGGCGGUGGUGAUGGCGGCGUUGCCACCGCUGCACUGCGCUUUGACACUGUGGAGCAGAUCGUUAAUGUGGACAUUGACAGCUUCGUCACGCAGGCUGCUGCAAAGUGGUUUCCGAAAGUGGCAGCUGGCCUCAAUGACAGCAGAUGCGAAAUGCUACAUCUGGAUGCAUUUUCGUGGGUGGAGGAGCAGUACAACAGUGGCAGAUCUACUUUUGACCUUGUAGUGAUCGACUUCACCGAUGAGCCCGUGAAGGGGGCCUGGUCGAAGAAGUUCUUCUCAGAGGUGAGAGGUUUGCUCACAAACGAUGGCAUCGUGGUGCAGAAUGUUGGCACGAUCGCAAACCCAGAAGACAUGCGCAAGCUGUACGGCCUUCAUGCAGAUGUGUUUCCUGCUGUCUUUCCUCUGCAUGCAAUGAUUCCGGACUACUUGGGUCCAUACAUGCUGGUGCUGAGCAGCGCGAAACCACUGGAUCCAGCAGCUGUGAACUGGGACCACUGGCAGAGGCAGCAGAUUCUGGGACAGUAUUAUGGUGGGGCAGCUCAGCAUCACGCCCUCUUCCGACACAUCCCUGCUGAUGUGUCCCGUUUGCUGGGAUUGUCACUGAGCUUGGACGAGAAGGCUCCAUCCUCUGUUGUUCGACCGCUUCCCUUUUUCAAAAGGGGCGCAUCCGGCAAUGAGAAGGUCGUCGUCAAGGUGAAGGGGAUCGAUGGUAGCAAGGUGCAGGUCUCGACGGAGGGAAACUCUCUGAGUUUCUAUCAGGACCGUGACUUGCUUUUGGACGCGAAAUCCCUGGAAAGAGAUGAGGUCCUCGUACUCCCAGCCUUGGCCGUCCUCGGUAGCCGGGCGCAGUCCGUUCUUGUUCUGGGUGGCGGGACAGCUGGAGUAGCGGCACUUGCACUCAAGUGGCCGACUGUCGAAAAGAUCGUGGUGGUUGAGGUGGACGAGGUCGUCCUGAAGGUCGUCAGAAAGCACUUCCCUAAGCAGGCAGAAGUCCUUUCGGACCCCCGGGUCGAGCUCGUCCUUGAGGAUGUCUUUGUGUGGCUCACACAGGACAAGCGCAGCUUUGAUUUAGUCGUCGUGAACAUGUUGGAUCAACCUUGGCUGCCUCCCCGGAGAACGACGAGAUUGCCCAGGACAAAGGCUUUCUUCAGGCUUCUGAUGGCGAAGGUGGCCUCAGGAGGCUGCUUGACGCAGGAGGCUGGCAGUGCUGCAAUGCCAGAGCAGUUUGGAAGCAUGUUGUCCAUCCAUCGCAGUAUCUUUGUGAGCACGUGGCCCAUGGCCAUGAGCAGCUCCAGCCCACAGCCAGCAGUGCCAGGAGAUGAGUUUGAUGGCAUCUACUUCCGUUUGCCACGACUCUUUCUUCUCAGCACGGUGAAUGUACUAAGCCCGCUGCAGGCAUCCUGGGAACUUUGGCAAGGCUUCGUCGAUUCGGGAACAGUAACUACUUACUAUCACCCGCAAAUGCACGUCUCGUUGUUCACACUCCCUGCAGAGAUGCAGCGCCGCUUCGACGUGCCUGCACCUGCAAUAGCAGCGGAAGACACUGAGGAACCUCCAUCUUCGCACCUGGUGCACACGUUCAUGUCGGAGGCUUCAGGGUGCUCACCCGACCUGCUAAAUGACAUUCCAGUCACAGGCAGGCUUCUGCGGAGACUGGCGACGCUGGGCGACCUUACCGUGCUCGGACACCUGGAACACAAGUUCCAUCCACAGGGUGUGACUGCGCUGCUGCUGGUAUCGGAGUCACACCUGUCCAUCCACACGUGGCCUGAACGCGGUUAUGCGGUCGUCGAUGUGGUCUCGUGCAAAGCGCUCCAGCUGAUCACUCGGAAUGCGAUGGAGAUGGAG